AUGAUACAGGAAGUACAGUGGCAAAGACAACCAAAGGAACAGAGAAAGAUCCCAAGGGAAGAGAAAGAUCCCAGGGGAAGAGACAAAUCCCUGGGGGAGAGACAGAUCCCAGGGGAAGAGACAGAUCCCAGGGGGAGAGACAGAUCCCAGGGGAAGAGACAGAUCCCAGGGGAAGAGACAGAUCCCUGGGGAAGAGACAGAUCCCAGGGGAAGAGACAGAACCCAGACCCCAGAGAGACAGAUCCCAGGGGAAGAGACAGAACCCAGACCCCAAGGGAAGAGACAACUAAAGGAACAGAGAUAGAACCCAGGGGAAGAGACAGAUCCCAGGGGAAGAGACAGAUCCCUGGGGAAGAGACAGAACCCAGACCCCAGGGGAAGAGACAACCAAAGGGACAGAGAAAGAACCCAGAUGCACAGACAACUAAAGGGACAGUCAAAGAUUCCUUGGGCAGAGACAGAUCCCAGGGGAAGAGACAGAACCCAGAUGCAGAGACACCCCAAGGGGCAGAGACAGAUUCCUGGGGCAGAGACAGAACCCAGGGGAAGAGACAGAUCCCAGGGGAAGAGACAGAACCCAGACCCCAGGGGCAAAGACAACCAAAGGAACAGAGGCAGAUCCCUGGGGUAGAGACAGAACCCAGACCCCCGGGGGAAGAGACAACUAAAGGGACAGAGAUAGAACCCAGAUGCACAGACAACUUAAGGGACAGUCAAAGAUUCCUGGGGCAGAGACAGAUCCCAGGGGAAGAGACAGAACCCAGACCCCAGGGGAAGAGACAAUUAAAGGAACAGAGAUAG